ACAAACUCAGGUCUCUCUCGGAUAAGAAGCAUCAAGAAGAAAAAUCAAGAAAUUCAUCAAGGAAACAAGGGGAGCCGUCGGAUAUAGGGUUUUGCUGCAGCGAUGCCGAAGAACAAGGGAAAGGGAGGUAAGAAUCGGAAGAGGGGAAAGAACGAAGCCGAUGAUGAGAAGCGAGAGCUGGUGUUCAAGGAGGACGGCCAGGAGUACGCACAGGUCCUGCGUAUACUCGGGAACGGCAGAUGUGAGGCCAUGGGCAUCGAUGGCGUUAAGCGCUUGUGCCAUAUCCGUGGCAAGAUGCACAAGAAGGUCUGGAUUGCUGCCGGUGAUAUUAUCCUCGUCGGCCUCCGCGAUUAUCAAGAUGACAAGGCUGAUGUAAUCUUGAAAUACAUGCCUGAUGAAGCAAGGCUGCCGGAUGUGAAAAUGGCGUGGAUUUGCAAUUCAAGAAGAACUACUUCCAUUUUGGAAGAAAAACCAGAAGCAGGGAACUCAAAAUCAAGAAACCAGAACACUGUUAAUUUGUCUUGA